AGGGAACGCUAGCUGCUCCUCCGGGCCCGCCCCGCAGUUCCUGACUGCGUUCAGCCCCGUGGUGGGGGUGCGUGUCGUUCCGUGCCGUGAGGAGGAGGAGGGGGUCCCCUCCGGUGUUGCGCGGUAUCGUGGGGCGCAGGUUUGCCAUGCGUGUCCAUCCAGAAGAAAAGCUGGCCCCAGGAAAUCAAGCGUGUUGAUUUGCAGCGCGGUUGGACCUUGUUGGCAAACCGGGAGUGUGGUGCCUGGCCCAGGUGAAGACAGUCGGUAGCUGGGCAAGCUUUUAGGGUUACUGCUGCUUUUGCAUAUAUUGAGAGAGGACAAUGUCUAACGUGCCAGUGGCUGUGGUGACUGGGUCCAACAAAGGGAUCGGCUUUGAAAUUGUACGGGCUCUAUGCAAGCAGUUCCAAGGGGAUGUGUACCUGACAGCCCGAGAUCCCGGCCGUGGCCAAGAAGCUGUGGCAAAGCUCAAGCAGGAAGGGCUGCAUCCGUUCUUCCAUCAGCUGGACAUCGAUGAUCUGCAGAGCAUCAGAGCUCUCCGUGACUUCCUCAAGGAGAAAUAUGGUGGGGUGAACGUGCUGGUUAACAACGCAGGGAUUGCUUUCAAAGUUCAUGACACAACUCCAUUUGCGGUCCAAGCAGAGGUUACACUGAAGACAAACUUUUUUGGAACCAGGAAUGUUUGCACAGAAUUGUUGCCUCUUGUGAAGCCUUACGGUAGGGUGGUGAAUGUCUCUAGUAUGGUAACUCACUUAGCUCUGAAAGGCUGCAGCCAGGAACUACAGCAAAAGUUUCACAGCAACACGAUCACUGAGGAUGAGUUAGUGCAACUCAUGACCAAAUUUGUGGAAGAUACCAAGAAAAAUGUGCAUGAGAAAGAGGGUUGGCCUAAUACCGCUUAUGGGGUAUCCAAAAUUGGUGUCACGGUCUUGUCCAAGAUUCAAGCUCAGAUGUUAAAUGAGAAAAGAAAAGGUGACCACAUCCUUCUCAAUGCCUGUUGUCCUGGAUGGGUGAGAACAGACAUGGCAGGUCCUAAAGCCCCUAAGUCACCAGAGGAAGGGGCUGAGACCCCAGUUUAUUUGGCCCUUUUGCCUGCGGAUGCUGAUGGUCCUCAUGGCCAGUUUGUUAGUAACAAAACUGUUCAAGCCUGGUAAUCUUAUAUAUGUGGACUCACGCAUAUGGUAAGAUGACUGUGGUUGGCCUGUCCCCUGGUUAGGGUGCUUAGCCAGAGCAGUCUUAUCCUGGCCACAGCAGCAGCGGGGUCCGUUAUCAUUACAGCGGGGUUUACAGUUAUGGCACUCGUCUCAUAUGAAGUCUAUGCCAGCAUACACUCCCCACUCAUGUCCAUUAGCCUGCUCACAGCAUUGACUAUGCAGCCCAAAAUCUGAUUUGUUGGUGUCCCAGCCCAGAUGAUAUUUCCUAAUUUGAUACUGCUUAAUGUAGAGGUGCCUGACCUUGUUUAUCCAAGUUUGCUUCUAAUUGAAGCCGACUUUUCCAACUCCCCUGAGACAGAUCUCUGACAUGGAGUUGGGAUGAGGAACCAGAUGCCUUAUGCUUUCUCAGGACUAUUGAGUUUUCCAGGGACUGUAGUUGAUUCCUGUGAUUGUACAGGGUUUUGUAAAGGGGGAAAGGGUUGUUCUGAGAUCUACUGUCUUGAUCAUUUUGGGGGGAGGCCAAUAAGAUGAGAACAGAAUCACUGCUGUAUAGAGAUUCCUUAUGAUCGACACAAAAUGGAAUUAGGUGAAAAUAAAAACAGCAUUAAUCUGAACUUAAUCUGUUGGAUUUAUUAGUAUGUAUAUCAAUAAAUGAUUACUUACUGAUUUGUGUUCAUGCAGAUGGCUUUUUCCAAUGCUAAAAUGUUAUAAUAUUUUCAAUAUACCUUUAUCUCUGCACUUGAGUUUGUAUCUGUUUUGACUAUGUAAAGACAAAAUAAACUACAGAACUGAUAUAACAAA